AUGGGUAGCCAGAAGAAGAAGGCUCAGAUGUUUGUAAAACUCGUGUCUGCUGCUGGAACUGGAUUCUUCUAUGUAAAGAGGAAACCAAGACAGUUUACAGAAAAGCUUGAGUUUCGUAAGUUUGAUCCUCGAGUUAAUCGCCAUGUUCUUUUUACCGAAGCUAAAAUGAAGUGA